UUAAAGCGAACAGAACCGUUACUUGGUUGCAGAAAGAAACUACAACUGCAAGAUGAUAGAAGAUAAGGAUAAAUACCAGCGUAGUCUUGAUUUAAAGCACACGAGGAUGUAGUCUUCUAUUCAAAAUUAUUGGUCAACCGUCACAGCAACUUAAGUAAUGGUCUAAAAAGCAACACAAACCUGCCGUAAAGAUACAUUUGGGGGCGUUUCGCUGCCCGUUUGGAUCAGGAUGAUCUCCAACAGUGAGGAGUAAUCAGUGUCACAAAGCCUGUGUGUGUGUGUUUGUGUACACUAAGGGGUAGCAACAGUAGGAUGAGCUGCCCAAGAGCCAUCACAGCCUGCAGGGACUGACAUACAUAGCUACAAAUACGCAGUCAAUGCAGUAUUUCAGAGGCUCUCCCUCCCUGUGGUUGAGAAACCAGCAGCAGCAUGUCCCGCGUCUCCUCCACCGCCAAGCGCUACUCUGGCCCCUCCUACCCCAGCCACUACAGCUCCUACAGCUCCUCCCUGACCCCAGGCCAUAGCUCCUACAGCGAGCGGGACAGGCUGUCCUCCUACAAGUCCCCCACCUCCACCUCUUCUUCAGGGUACUCCUCCUCUAGUUAUCUAAGCAGUUCUGCUGCUCGCAGCCGCAACUACAGCACCGCCUCAGACCCCGACCGCGACCGGGGUCGAACCAUCCCACGCACUGACAUCCUUGGAAGCAGCAUCAGCAGCCGUCGGAGCGAGAGCCUCAGCAGAACCCCUGUCAAGAGUUAUGGAGGGUUGGGGCUGAGUGGAGGAUCGACCUAUACCGGCUACAGUUCCUACUCUUCUUCCUUGGCCGAGUCCAGCUACCUCUCCUCUUUACCGGUGGCCUCCAGUAUCUUGCUCAACCGACGUAAAUCUGCAUCCCAGAGUGACUUAUGCAGGGAUCUCGCUUCUCUGGGCCUCAAUGAUGCCUCCUCUUCUCCCUCCACCUCGUCUUCUUCCACCAGUGCCCUGCGGAGCUACCGCAGUCGGGCCAGUGAUGUGGCCAACUCAUAUGGCACUAGCUCCCGCCCGAGCUACUCCGGCCUGUCACGGAGCUCUACUCAGGAGGCCCUGUCGCGGAGCUCCACCCAGGAGGCCUUCAGCAGCAGCAGCAGCAGCAGAGCAUUCAGCUCUUCCACAUGGGAGCCGAGCAGUAACAGGCUGUCCGACUCCCCCACCAGGGACUCCAUGAAUUCAAAGAGUGCCCAAGGUCUUGUGGGACUCAAGAACCUCGGAAACACUUGUUUCAUGAACAGUAUCCUGCAGUGUCUCAGCAACACACACAGCCUGCGAGAGUACUGCCUGCACAAUUCACACCGCAGAGACCUUAACAACAACAGCCGUACCAACACAGCCCUCAUGGAAGAAUUUGCCAAGCUGAUACAGACCAUGUGGACGUCAUGCAGCAGUGAGGCAGUCAGCCCGUCUGAAUUCAAAACUCAGAUCCAGAGAUAUGCUCCCAGAUUUGUGGGAUACAACCAACAGGAUGCUCAGGAGUUCCUGCGUUUCCUCCUGGACGGCCUGCACAACGAAGUCAACAGGGUCACUGUCAGGCCGAGAGGCACUGUAGAGGAUUUUGACCACCUGCCGGAUGAAGAGAAAGGGAAGAAGAUGUGGAGUAAAUAUCUAGAGAGAGAAGACAGUAAAAUAGUAGACGUGUUUGUCGGCCAGCUGAAGAGCUCUCUAACCUGCAGCCACUGUGGUUUCUGCUCCACUGUCUUUGACCCCUUUUGGGAUCUCUCUCUACCUAUCGCAAAGAAGGGCUAUGGUGAGGUGAGUUUGAUGGAUUGCAUGCGGCUCUUCACCAAAGAAGACGUUCUCGACGGGGACGAGAAGCCGACGUGUUACAGGUGUAAAGCCAGGAGGAGAUGCACUAAGAAGUUCACACUACAGAAGUUCCCCAAGAUCUUAGUGCUGCACCUGAAACGCUUCUCUGAAGCACGCAGAACCAGCAAACUGUCCACCUUUGUUAACUUCCCCAUGAAGGAUCUUGACCUGCGGGAAUUUGCCUCCGAAAACAGCAUAAAUGCAGUGUACAACCUGUAUGCAGUGUCCAACCACUCAGGCACCACUAUGGGCGGUCACUACACAGCCUACUGUCGCAAUCCCAACUCGGGAGAAUGGUACACAUUUAAUGACUCCAGAGUAACGCCAAUGUCCUCCAGCCAAGUGCGCAGCAGCGACGCCUACGUAUUGUUCUACGAGCUGGUUUCCUCCUCGCGGAUGUGAAGCCUUUUGUCGGACGGUGGGCCACAGCUCCACUCUGAAUGACGGACAGAUAGAUGGAAAAUAAAAGUGUUGGUGGAGCCAGGCCCAUUUUGGACUUGUAUUUGGACUUAUCACAAACACACACACACACACACACACACACACACACACACACACACACACAAAGAAGGCUGCUUCACUCCACAGAGAGAGCUGGAAUAAGGAACACUGGAAACCACAUAGAACCUGAUCAACCAGCCCUGCUUUCUCCUUCUCUCUGUCUUUACUCUCGUGUCUUGGUCAUUCUGGGAGGAGAUGUAUACUGUGUGUGUGUGUGUGUGUGUGUGUGUGUGUGUGUGUGUGUGUGUUUGUGUGAGUGAGUAUGCAAGGCUGACACAGGGCAAUAAUCCCAUCUGACCGACCAACCGGUGAAUCUGUCCCUCUCUAUGCACUGCAAACCGAACUGUCAUCCUGACUGCGCCUUCGCUUCUUUUUUCCGACUCUUGUUUGCCUCAAUCCAUUAAAACUCACUUUUAGCAAUUUUAACCUUUUUUCUGCUUUAAAUUUAUAUUGUUUUUUUUUAAUGUUUUUUUUUUGGGUUGUUAACCCCAGCAGCAAAAUGAGCAUCAUCAUCAGCACCACCACAGAGGACCGUGGAUAAAUCGUGCUUAGAAUGUGACUUUAACAGGACUAGCGCUUGCAGUCCACCGGCCUGCUUGGUGUCCGUUACCUUCCCUUCCACUGCACUGCAACACUCCCAUGUCUGUUAGCAUCUUCUUCACUCUCUUUCUUUCUCCUACGGUGGUUGGGGAGCUGGUGGCACUGUGAGCAUUACAUGUUUCAGAGGACAACCCUUUAACUUGUGUUUUGAUGAAUUUGUUUCUCCCACGUGUGGCUGCUACUGAUGUUUUCAAAGUGCUGUGAAUGGAUGAACGGACAGUCCUGUAAGAAUCUGCGAAGGAUUAAUAAUGUAGACGACAAUAACGGUAACAAUCCUCAUCGUCGGUAUGAGGUCUUUUCUUCCUCUCUUGUUUCAUGCCAUUGAACAACAUGGAAAGAAUGUUUUAAAGAAGAAAAAGAACACUAUAUCUGUAUAUUUUUAUAUCCUAAUGCAAUACAGAGAAUGUACUAUUCAAUGGUGCUGAAAAUGA